AAGCAAAGAUAAGUAUUCCCACCAAAGAAAGAAGGAAAAGCUGCUGCUUGGCAUUUAAGGCCCACGGGAGCCUGUGAGAGCACAAAAUUCUCCUCCUCCCUCUCUUCUCUGCCCUUACUCGCCUGCUCCACCUCACCCUGCACUUUCAGCCAUCCAUGAGUGUGACCAACUCUUCAGCCUACCGAUCGGAGCGUAGUUUCCACCAGACUUCAUCGUCAUCCUCUGCUAACCCGCACAUGGAGAAGAGCCGGGGACUGUUCGCCGAGGACUUUGGCACCUUCAUGAGACCCGGCAGCGAUGCUUUGGGCUUUUCCAGUGGUGCUGGAAAUAUCAAGACUCUUGAGGAUUCAUACCAGUUCACAGUCGAUGUGCAAGACUUCUCCCCUGAAGAUGUCAUUGUCACCACAUCCAACAAUCAAAUUGAAGUUCGUGCAGAAAAGCUGGCUCAGGAUGGCACAGUGAUGAACACAUUCACCCACAAGUGCCAACUUCCAGACGACGUGGACCCCACCUCUGUGACAUCAUCACUGGGUGCCGAGGGAUCACUAACCAUCAGGGCACGUCGACAACCAGCCAAACACGAACACGUACAGACCUUCCGUACAGAGAUCAAGAUCUAGAGAUGGACAGACAUCUCCUCACAAACACGUCCACAUGUUCGGCAUCACAAAGUCCACACAGCACAACGAAACAUCAACAACACACAAUGAAACAUCCACACAACACAACAAAACAUCCACACAGUACAAUGAAACAUGACAACUAGCAACAUGAAAUAUCCACACAGUAUAAUGAAACAUCCACACAGUACAAUGAAACAUGACAACUAGCAACAUGAAAUAUCCACACAGUAUAAUGAAACAUCCACACAGUACAAUGAAACAUGACAACUAGCA